GCCCCUGCCUGUCGCGCUCCCCCCAGGGCCCCCACGCACCCACCUUCGGAGCCUCUCCCAACUCGGUUCCGGGGGUUGGUGGCCACGCCGCGAUGCCGAAAUAGGACGAGCAGCCAUGUUUCCCCGGGUCUCUUGCGGCCCGCCCCGCCCCUCCCCCAUGGCGCUGCCGGCGCGGAGCGCGGGGCUCAGAGUGCGGGCGCCGGGCUCCAUGCGGGGCGCGGGCCGGCCAGGGCCAGAACGCCGUUCGCGCGGGCUAGGGAGCGGAUGCGCGGGGCUCGGUCCCGAAAUGGCCUUUUGACUUGCCGAGGUGAUUUCGAGCUAAAGGUGAAAGAGCUUGUCCUGGACAACUGUCGGUCGAAUGAAGGCAAAAUUGAAGGCCUCACAGAUGAAUUUGAAGAACUGGAGUUCUUAAGUACAAUCAACGUAGGCCUCACCUCAGUUGCAAACUUACCAAAGUUAAACAAACUUAAGAAGCUUGAACUAAGUGAUAACAGAAUCUCAGGGGGCCUGGAAAUAUUGGCAGAAAAGUGUCCGAAUCUCACACAUCUAAAUUUAAGUGGCAACAAAAUUAAAGACCUCAGCACAAUAGAGCCACUGAAGAAGUUAGAAAACCUCAAGAGCUUAGACCUUUUUAAUUGUGAGGUAACCAACCUGAACGACUACCGAGAAAAUGUGUUCAAGCUCCUACCACAACUCACGUAUCUCGAUGGCUAUGACCGGGAUGACAAGGAGGCCCCUGACUCGGAUGCUGAGGGCUACGUGGAGGGCCUGGAUGAUGAGGAGGAAGACGAGGAUGAGGAAGAGUAUGAUGAAGAUGCUCAGGUAGUGGAAGAUGAGGAAGAUGAAGAUGAAGAGGAAGAAGGUGAAGAGGAGGAUGUUAGUGGAGAGGAGGAGGAGGAUGAAGAAGGUUAUAACGAUGGGGAAGUAGAUGACGAGGAAGAUGAAGAAGAUCUUGGUGAAGAAGAAAAGGGUCAAAAGCGAAAACGAGAACCUGAAGAUGAGGGAGAAGAUGAUGACUAAGUGGAAUAACCUAUUUUGAAAAAUUCCUAUUGUGAUUUGACUGUUUUUACCCGUAUUCUCCCCGCCCCAAAUCCCGCCCCCCGAAACUUAUUUUUUUCUGAUUGUAACGUUGCUGUGGGAACGAGAGGGGAAAACUGUACUGGGGGUUGCGGGGGGAGGAAGGGAGGGGGUGGAAUAAAAUACUAUUUUUACUGCCACUCUUUAUUUUUUUUCCCCCUACUUUUUCUUUGUGUGAUUCUGUCCCUGUAAAUGCAAUAGCUAAGUACACACCAAGUGGGCAUUUGUUCCUUACUCUCAGAGAGGAUGGUUUGGAGUCUCUUACAUUUCCUGGUAUUUCCCCACUCUUGUUGGUUGGAAGGCCAUGGCUGACCUCAUUUUGGUUACUCAGUCAAAGCCCAGCAGGGGCUGAGCACCAGCCAUAUCUUAAGUCUUGUUCUGGUUCAUGUGAUUUCUGCAUUUCCUGGGCCUGCUAGAGGCAUCAGACGCCCUAGUUUGUAAAUAGCAAUCUAAAGGUAUAUUUUGGCACUGGUUUGGGGAUAUUCCCCGUCUCUCAUCCCCCUUCCCCCUUCACAGAUGGUGGCGGGCUUCGCUACACAGAGGACUCUGAUAUUACUCUUAAGAGCCCAAGAGCUGAAAACAGCAGGCUUGUGAGUCACGAGUAAAGUAAAUUUGGUAAUUAUCAUUAAAAGAGAAAUGCAAACCCUCAAACUUCAACUUCUAUAAAACAAAACAAAACAAAAAAAACACUGCCCUAUCUUGGUCUGUAAAAUAUUAGAAAGCUUUGUUUUACAAAAUGACGAGAAUUCUUCCACAUGUCCUUCUGUGCUUAGAACAUUUUUACAGACCUAAGCACAGGAGAUGUUGCUGCAUGUCAGCUGGUUUUUUUUUUUCAUACACCUGAGCACGGAAAAACUAAUGCAAAAUUGUAUUUUCUUACCUAGUGGAAAUCUGGAAUGACUGAAAAUUCCUAGUGAAUGUACAGGUUUGCUUUCAUGUCCCUCUUCUGGAUUGCUUUAGAAGUGAUGUGUUACUUCCUAGCCCCUGUUUCAUCUGUAUAAAAGAACAUCUGCACCAGUUUUUCUCUUCCCCCUCAGAAGAGCCAAACUUUGAGUUUUAUGUCUGUUUGUCAUUGAUAAAUUUCAAUAAAUCUUUUUAUACAAUUUC